GCUUUCGAUUUCGAGCUUCUCUGAUCAAAGUUUACGUAAGCCAAGGUUUCGCAUCUUCGUAAUUUUAAAGAGUCUCUAAAUUAUUUGCUGAGCCAUCGAAUAUUCGGUGAUUCAUUUGAAGCCUUUUGAUUUAAUUUUAGAUUGGAUUUAACACUGAAGCAAGGAAAGUGAAGCUGAACGUUGGUAUAUUUAUCCCUUUCAUAGCGAAGAAAGGGAGAAACAUAAAAGCAAUGUUGAUUUGGAAAUAAUAAAAAUGGGAAUGCUGUUCUUACUGACUGCUAUUUACAAGAUGUCCAUGCCAGCUGAAAUCAAAAUAGGUUGUUCUUUGUCAUUAAGAGUUUAAUUCAGCCUUCAUGUACCGUUGCACAACAUUUUUGUCAUGCACCACUUUAUUUAUUGGCCUUGUAAGAUUGUGGAUUACCAAAACCUGAUGCAAUGGCAACAUCUAGCAAGUUUGAUAUGUCUUCUGGUAGCCCAGAUAGGCCACUGUACACUAGUGGGCAGCGUGGAGCCCACUUAGCUGCUCAAUUAGACAGAUCAGGCAGCUUUCGUGAGACUAUGGAGAAUCAAAUCCAAUCUUCUCUGUCAAGAAUGUCAAGGAGCACUUCCUUAGUAGCCCAAGGAGACGUAUCCAACUUCUUCCAGUGCUUGUGUUUUGAUCCCAAGGUGGUUGCUGCUGAACAUAAGCCUAGUCGCCAAGGAAACUUUAAGCGGCACAUCAAAAUUGCUCUUGGCAUUUCUCCUGAUGAUUCUCCAACUCCGUUGUCAAAAGGCAAGCUGUUGCCUUCUCCCAUACCGGAGGAAAUUAAACGAGUUAAGGCUGGUCUACGUGAUUGCACUGUCAAAGCAAGGGAGCGCAUGAAAACUUUCAACGAAGCCUUAUCAGUUUUCUACAAGUUUUUCCCUAACAUACCAUCUAAGAAAAGAUCUCGAUCAGAAAUCUUUACUAGUGACCGCUCCAAUGCCUUGUUAUCUAGUGAUCGGUCAGUCCUGGGGCCAAGCAUUGGUAAGAUGGGAAUUCAUAAUCAUUCCAUUGCUGGAGGUUUUGAUUUUGAACGCCAGAAGUCAGAAGAAAGGCCUAAAAGUUCUUUUCCUAAUAAACGUACUCGAACUUCUCUGCUGGAUGUUAGGAUGGAUGUGCAGAAUAAUGCUCUAGUCAGGCAGCCUGGUAAUGCAGAUAGGGAUAGGGAAAUGCUCAGGGUUUCAAAUAGUGCUGGAGUUCAAGGUGAAGAUCGAACUUUGUAUGGCGGUGUCGAUGGGUGGGAAAAGGCAAAGAUGAAGAAAAAGCGGUCUGGGAUAAAACCUGAUGUGUCUCCAAGUACGGUAUCAACUAAACCGAUAGAAGGUUACCGGGAGUCUAAACAAGGCAUACAGCAAAGGGCUGUCUCUGAUACUCGAUCAAGGGUAAAUAAUGACUCCCAUGAGUUCAGGUCAGGAAUUGCUAAUGGAUCUGCUGGAGUUGGAAAAUCAGAAGGUAUAUCGCUGCUGACUGGCUUGGGUCCUAGGUCAUCUGUCCCUAGGACUGAUAUGGACAACAGUUCCCUUCGUAAUGAUAGGAGAGAGCGUCCUGUUCCUUCCGAUAAAGAGAGAGUGAAUCUAAGAGCUGUUAACAAGAUGAGUGCUCGUGAUGAGUUUAAUUCAGCAAGUCCUACUUCAAACACAAAAAUGAAUGCUUCUAUCCGUGCUCCACGAUCGGGUUCUGGAGGUGGUCCAAAGUUGUCACCAGUUGUUCAUAGAACAGCAACAUCAGAUGACUGGGAGAUAUCUCAUUGUACAAAUAAACCACCUACUGCAGGUGGAGUGAAUAAUCACAAACGCACGAUGUCAACUCAGUCUUCAUCGCCACCUGUUGCCAAUUGGGCCGGUCAGAGACCACAAAAGAGCUCUCGAACUGCAAGAACAAAUCUUGUUCCUAUUCUUUCAAAUAAUGAUGAACUUCCAUUGCUGGAUACUGAUAUGGCUGGAAAUGAAAUUGGGUCAGGAUUUCCUAGACGCUUGUCAAGCGGUUCUCCCCAACAAGUUAAACUAAAAGGUGAUUCUUUAUCUUCAGCUGCUCUUUCUGAAAGUGAGAAGUCUGGGACUGCUGAAAUUAAAUCUAAAGGUAGGGUGACUAAGUCUGAUGAAAUAGAAGAGAAAGCUGGACAGAAUGUUCAAAAAGCAUCGACUUUGAUCCUGCCAUCAAGAAAAAAUAAGCUGAUGAAUGGAGAAGACAUUGGAGAUGGUGUACGACGCCAAGGGAGGACUGGGCGGGCUGUUACUUCUGGAAGAUCCGUUAUGCCAGUGACAGUUGAGAAGUAUGGCAAUGUUGGAACAGCAAAACAGCUCAGAAGUGCCAGGCUUGCCUUGAAUAAGUCCGAGAGCAAGGGUGGUCGUCCCCCAACAAGGAAGCUCACUGACCGCAAGGCUUAUGCUCGCCAGAAGCAUGCAGCAAUCAAUGCAGCUGCAGAUCUUCUUGUUGCUUCGGAGGAUGGACAUGAAGAGUUGGUGGCUGCUGUAAACGCUCUUAUUACUUCUGCUCAUGCCUUCCCCAACACAUUUUGGAGGCAGAUGGAGCCUUUUCUGGGUUUCAUAUCUAAUGUAAAUAUUGCCUAUUUAAAGCAGCAGGGAAAUUAUGAAUCCAUCAAAUUGGGAUCAACACCAGUUCCUUUUAUUACAGAUGGUUGUCGUACCAUAUUCAAUGGGUGUGGAUUGCUUGAACAUGAAAGAGAUGGCGGCAUUGGUGCUGUAGCAUCAAUUGAUGAAAUUCAUUCACAACAGUUGCUCCCGGAUACAAGGGACAAUGAUGUGAUUCCCCUUUGUCAAAGAUUUUUAGCAGCUCUAAUCCCAGAAGAAGCUAUUGAUAGCGGAAAUGAAGACCCUCCAUUUGAUGUUUAUGGAACUGGAUUUGAGAUGGAUGGAGAAUUGGGGUCCAAUGGUUUGAGUCAUAUUAUUAACUUCCAAUUGACUGGUGGGCAUGCUUCAUUUGAUGAUUAUAGGAUAACUGGAAAGCCAGAACAUUAUGAUCCUGAAAUUGAUAUGCCGGGGAACACAGGAAUUAAUAACUCAAUUUCAGAAUUUGAGUAUGGGAUUAUGAAGAUAAAUGAGAAACUCAUUUUAGAGGCGCAAAGUAUUGGAAUUUUCUUAGAACCACCGCCUGACAUAGCACAGACGUGGGAUGUUGAGAUCCUUGCGGACAUUAGUAAGCUAGAGGAAGAGCACAAGGAACAGGCUUCAAAGAAGAAAGGUUUGGUUGAUAAACUAUUGAAAGCUGCCUCAGAAACAAGAACAGUUCAGGAGGAGGAAUUCAAACAACGUGCUCUUGAAAAACUUGUCACAAUGGCGUAUGAAAAGUACAUGAGUUGUUGGGGCCCUAGUGCAACUGGUGGAAAGAGUUCCAGCAACAAAAUGAUCAAGCAAUCUGCCUUAGCAUUUGUUAAACGGACAUUAGCUCGAUAUCAAAAAUUUGAAGAUACAGGAACAAGCUGCUUUGAUGAGCCCAUGCUUAGAGACAUGUUUCUUUCUGGGUCUUCCCGGCUAAAUUGUGAACAGGCAAUAGAUACGCCUACAGAUAGUGAAUCUGGAAAGCCAAGCGCCAGAAAUUCCACCCGCUCUCUGGAAGCUCGAACCUCAGGUCAAAAUGGGGAUAGCUAUGCUGUUAAUUCGUCUGAUCUGCAUACACCCACAAAUCGGUCUUCCGAUCAAACUACUGUUAAAGAUGAUUCGUGGUCUAACAGGGUGAAAAGGAAAGAAUUAUUGCUGGAGGAUGUGGUUGGUGGUACUUCUAAUGCCCAGCCAGGCAUUGGAAGUUCUUUGUUGAAUAGUACAAAAGGAAAGAGGAGCGAGAGAGACAGAGAAGGAAACGGACAUGGUAGAGAGGCUUUAUCUAGAAAUGGAACUAAUAAGAUUGGUCGACCUGUAUCCAAUGUUAAGGGGGAAAGGAAAUCGAAAACAAAGCCUAAGCAGAAAACAACUCAGCUCUCUGUUUCUGUAAAUGGCCUUCUUGGCAAGAUGUCAGAGCAACCCAAAACAUCAACUUCUCUAUCGAAAUCGAGUGAGAUAACCGCCAAUAAUAAUGCCAAAGAUAAAGAUGAGUUCGGCCUGGACGUAUUGGAUGACAUACAACUACCAGGACAAGAUUUGGGUUCAUGGUUGAACAUUGAUGAUGAUGGUUUUCAAGAUCAUGACUUCAUGGGCCUUGAAAUCCCCAUGGAUGAUCUUUCCGACUUGAAUAUGAUGGUUUGAGUUGUUUUCUUUGUGUAGUCUUGUUCAUUAUACUGUUUUAAAACCAAAAGUAUAAUCACUGUCAUCAAGAAAUGACGUUACAUGAAUGAUCGUUUGGCUGUCCCGUCCACAAUUAGGUUACAAUAGAUUCUUUGUAGACUCAUCCACAAGUUGACUUUCGCGUUGAACCAUUUGGACGUCUUGAAAUUUUUCUCUCAAGUUGGCGACAUUGGCUGUAAAGAUCCUUUUUGUUCCUACAAGCUUGUAUCUCGUAGCAAUUAUCUUAGCAAACACUGUACCCUGGCUGUAGCGUUUACAGAUCUGAGAGCAAUGUACAUACAUUUAUAUUCUAAAUAAAAUUAGUUUUUUUCGGUGUA